AUGGCCCCUCGCUCAUGGGCCCAGAUCGCUGCCACGGGCACAACGCCCAGCCCCAGUCCUCUGCGCCAAGAGGUCUUGGUCAACCAGCAACCCCCUCCGCAUCCGGCUCCCCCUCUGCCCUCUGCCGCCGACUUCCCAUCCCUCACGGGAUACACUGGGGAGGAGGUGAAGGAGGGGGAGGGGCAGGAUCUUGCGGCCUCACGGGCUGAAAGCCCUUGCCCUUCUUCUUCUUCUUCUUUUGGCCCCGUCUCGGUGGUGGGAGGAGCGGAGGAAUUUGGUGUUGCCUCUUCCCUUUUGAGGGAGAGCAAUUACCCAUCUUCCUCUUCUCCUCCAACUAUCACGAUCCUCAAGCGUGAUACUACUACCACCUCCUCCUCCAUUGCCGACAACACCGCCGAGAUGGUCAACCAGAAGCGACAAGAAAAGCUCGCUGCGAAGAAGGCGGCGGAGGACGCAGCUCGUCAGUGGUUGCUACCGCAGAUUCCGGCCAUUUCGGUGGUCGGAGGGUCUUCAACCGCAGCUCCUGACGUGGCUGCUGAUCCUGCCGUCAUCGACGCGGCCGACGUUCCUCUCCCGGCGGACGAGGGGAAGGAAGAGAAGGGGAAGGGACCGGCAAUCCCGACCGCGACCGAAGAAGAGGUGGCUGUCGCCUGGUCCGAGGCUUCGGCUAAGGACGAGGCGCUCAGAAGAGCCAUGAUCGCCUCGCUCGAGCGAGACCACCGCGCUGGGCUCCUCCUGAAAAGAGAGACCCAUAACUUGUUCCUCCAUGUCCGUGAGGGCACGGUGAUCGGAUGUCAUCGCGACAUCGUUACCUCCGAGGCCACCAGAUUGGCGGGGCUCCUUUCUCCUGCCGACGAGGACGGCAAGACCCACCUCGACCUGAGCGACUGCGCGAUGGCGUACCUCAGCCCGGUCAUCUUCUUCAUCUACAACGGUGAUCUCCCCGGCCACAGAAUCAACCGGGAUUGUAUCUGGGACACCCGUCCUGUCAUCAACAACGUCAUGUUCUAUGGCCCGGCGUACCGCUUCGGCGUCUCGUCAAUGCUCAAGAGCCAGCUUGACAACAUGGAGGAGGCGUACGAGAUGUACCGCGUCGCGUUCGGCGGCCGGUACUUCUACUACCAGAUCAAAGAGUUCAAUAAGAUGGCUGGAUUCGAGGUUCCCUUCCGGAUGGCGCUUAUCCAUCUGUACCUCGACAACCCCCUCAACGAGGAGCUCAAGCCCAUGAAAGUGGCUUUUGCCAAGGUGGCGACCGUCGUGCUCCCCUUUCUGCGCCGCCAGCCUAGCUUCAAUCCGCUGACUCAGAGUCUCUGGGAGGGCCUUCCGUUCCCCUGGCGUUCCGAGUGGGAGGAGUUCUACUACGAGGGUCUGCUUCCCGACUUCCCCAAGAUCUUUGACGAGAACAUGGAGUGGGUUGAGGAGAAGAUGAAUGAGAGCCACUUCUUCUACGAAGAGCCCAUUAACCCUGCCGGUCCUUCCUCGCGUCCUGCCUUGUCUGGUCCCGCGAUGGUUCCGUUCUAUCAGGAGUCCGUCGAUGAGAUGUGCCGUCGUCUUUCUGGCUUUGGCAUCGAUCCCGGCUACCCGUUCACUGGCUAA